GGUGUUCCAAUCCCCUCCAUAUCAUGUGAUUCAGGUGUUCCGAUCCCCUCCCGAUCAUGUGAUUCAGGUGUUCCGAUCCCCUCCCGAUCAUGUGAUUCAGGUGUUCUAAUCCCCUCCCGAUCAUGUGAUUCAGGUGUUCUAAUCCCCUCCCAAUCAUGUGAUUCAGGUGUUCCAAUCCCCUCCAUAUCAUGUGAUUCAGGUGUUCCAAUCCCCUCCAUAUCAUGUGAUUCAGGUGUUCCAAUCCCCUCCAUAUCAUAGUCAAUAGCUAAAGACCUCCAAACUUGGUGUGGCCUUCAGAUGAGCCCAACAACAGUGCGUAGAGAGCUUCAUGGAAUGGGUUUCCAUGGC